AAGCGAUGAACAAGGAGAGAGAGAUCCUCAAAGUUUGUAGGUCUGUAGCUUAUAGAAAUUAGAAACUAACUACAAAGAUGGCCGGGAUUGCGUUUGGCACUUGCUGUUCAACUAUCUCUUCCACCAGCAAUUUCCGCAAUUCUUGGUUGAAACUUGAGACUCGUACUCAUCGUGGAGGAACCGUCUUAGGGAGAGCAAACAGUGUUAGAACAUUGGCAAUUAGAGCAGAAGUGAAUUUUGUGAAUGCAGACGAAGCUAAAGAACUAGUUGCAGAGGGAUAUAACGUUAUUGAUGUUCGGGACAUUUCACAAUAUGAUCGAGCUCAUAUCAAAUCGUGUUAUCAUGUACCUCUUUUCAUCAAAAACGAAGACAAUGACAUCAGCACAAUUAUAAAGAGGACUGUCCACAACAAUUUCUCGGGUCUGUUCUUUGGCUUACCUUUCACUAAACCAAACCCUGAAUUUGUUCAAUCUGUUAACGGCCAGUUUUCACCUCAGAGCAAACUGUUACUGGUGUGCCAGGAGGGAAUGAGGUCUGCUGCGGCUGCUAGUAAGUUGGAGCAGGCUGGUUUCCAAGACAUAGCAUGUAUAUCAUCAGGGCUGCAAAAGGUGAAACCAGGCACAUUUGAUGCUGUUGGAUCCACUGAGUUGCAAGAUGCUGGCAAAGCUGGUUUAGUCACAGUACAAGGAAAGAUCUCCGCUGUACUUGGAACUGUACUAGUCUGUGCAUAUUUGUUCAUCACCUUCUUUCCUGAUCAAGCAGAGAAGCUACUCCAACUGGCGCCUACAGGCUAGAUAGCUAGCUUCAUAAAAAUCUAAAUCUUAUACUACAGUUUUGCACCUCUAUCCAAAACCCCCAAGCGAUUUGGGUAAAUUGAGGUUUUUCUGGCAUCUGCUACGUGACAUCAACGGCAAAAGAGAAAGGAACGCUAGUUUGUAUAACCUGUAUGGAGCUGUACAUUUUUAAGUGUAAAAUGCAGAUCUGAA